AUGGAAAAGGUGAGGGAAGCGCUUUUACAUAGUCGGGAGGUGGCCAUCAACCUUUCACAGAACCCGCUGGUUCAAGAGCACUUGGGCCAGAUCGCUCCGGUGCUGCUCGCAUCGAGCACCACAAUUUGGGGCAUCUUGCAAGGAAGGCCCUUUUGUCCCAAGGAGAUGCUGGAGAUGCAGGGCAUUCCAAUGUACCCAGAUUCGUUGAAGGCUGCAGGAUGUUCAGAACCGUUCUUUGAUGCCAGCAUUGUGUCCACCACUGCCCAGAAGCGUCUUAGUGGCAACAGUUUCCAGCAGGGAUGCAUGACCGCUCUGCUGGCCUUCUCCCUUUCGUUUGUGAUGCCCACUGCCGAGUUUGAGGCCAUUCCAGCCACCGUUCGUCCUGUGUUAGCUCCUUCGGCCAAGCACGUUUUUUUGUCUGAAUCCGAGAAUGAGGACGGCUCUGAUGGGAAUGGGGACAAGGACAUGGAGGAUGAACAUGAGGGAUGA